AUGAACGCCAAAGCUUCCAAACAAGCAUGCGACAACUGUCGACGGCGCAAAAUCAAAUGUUCCCGCGAACUUCCAUGCGACAAAUGCCAACGUCUUCUCCUCUCCUGCUCCUAUGGCGAUGUCCUCCGUCGCAAAGGCCCCAAAUUCCGCACUCUAUACCCUCUAGCCGCUCUCCACCCAUCACGGGCCAAUUCUGAGAAGGAUCAAGACCCUGAGACAGAUUUCAACUCACCGAUCUCACCUUUUGGGGGUCAAGACGCUCGGUUUCACUUCUCGGAUACUUUUUCUCACCUUCCGCCGCCAGAUCUCGUCUCUUCUCCAGGCACAGACUCAACCGUGGAGUCCGCAAAUGGAUAUAUACAUGUUCCCCGUCGUCUUCCGCCACAGAUCUUGCUGGCCCAUGUGAAUGUUUAUCUCAAAUAUUUAUUCCCAAUCAUGCCGGUGGUGCGCGGGGACCAGUUGCGUUCAGAUUGUGAUCAACCAGAACGGCUGUCUGCGAAACGAUAUGCCUUCUUAGCGUCGCUCUGUGCGGCUACGCAUAUCCAGCUAAAGCUGGACGGGGCCACCCCGGUAUCGGACCCUGCGUUGCGCAUGGGGGAUGGCCAUUUGCUGAUGUCGGGUGAGGAACUAUUAGCAGAGGCCGUAAGGGCGCGGGGCGAAUGUGACAUUCUGGAGGACCUGUCGACGGAGAAUCUCUUAACAUCCUUCUUUCUGUUUGCGUCAUAUGGAAAUAUGGAUCGGCAGAGUCAUGCUUGGUUCUUCUUGUGCCAAGCCACUUCAUUUGCGUUCAGUCUGGGGCUGCACCGUGAAUCGACAUAUGCUGAGUAUGAGGUUGAGGAAGCAGAGGAGAGGCGGAGGGUUUUUUGGCUUUUGUUCAUCACGGAGAGGGGAUACGCUCUUCAGCAAGCAAAACCGGUCAUGUUGCGAAGUUCGAUUCACAAGCCACAGGUCCUCUGCUCGGGAGACCCUAUAUUAGCCUAUGGGUUUAUCAGCCUGAUCAAUAUUUUUGAGAAGCUCACACCAAAUCUUUAUGACUGGGUAUCGGCUGGUGGCGGCGACAGCAUUCUGGAGAGACCGCCAACCUCGGCCAUUCAGUCAAGUCUGUGCAAAGCGAUCUCACUAGAUGGAGUGCUCGAGAUACAGCAGGUCGACAUAUUAAUAACCCAACAGUGGCUGCAGGCAAUGAUGUGGAAGCUGUCUAUGAACCAUGCAACGCAGCCUGGCUCACGCGAUGAUUCUGUUUUGCCAUUUCAUCUACCAGUGAUGGUAGGUAAAGCUGUCAUGGGUGUAAUUGGUACCGCGUCACAGGGUGCGGUCGAUGCACAUGGAAUUGGAAUGGUGAGUUCUCCAGGCGAAAGUGUACAAGCCAGCGCUGAACUCCAUGUGCAGGAACAGAAGCUUUUCGACAUGGGCAUUUCCGUCGCCGAUGUCACUCGAUCUCUUGGCCCAAAAGCAGUAACCCGUCUAGCGGAGUCAACCAUCGAUCCGAAUGAGCUACUGUGGGGUAUCCUUCACACGCUCUCUCAAAUUCGUGGGUCGCCUUCAUAUCUUUUCCCAACAUUGCUGGAACGUUGCAAGACUGUGCUUGGGUUAGACUGUAGCAUCACGACUGGGAACUUUCUUCCCAUUCUCGGUGCCACAGCACCUGAACAGUUGGCUUCCUGGUCAGGUCAAAAUUUCUGGGAUGAGUCCGCUGGUGCAGAAGACAUGGAGGUACAUGAUGGUAAUGAGCAGACUGAGGCUGGUCCUCAUCCUGUCGGCCAGGAACUGGACUUCCAGAGCUGUCUCUUGGGAUCACUGUCAUGA